AUGAAGUUCCUACCUCUCCCCGAGUUCGAAGAUGUUACGAGCUCGUUAAACUUUGAUACAGCGGAUUGUCACAUCGAGGGUGGAUGCGAUCUGUACACGACCAAGGCUGCCCGAUCUGAUCGGAAACUCUACAAUCACAUCGAACAAUCCCUCGAAGCCCAAUAUGAAUCGAUCCUUCGUCUUUCGGCGUCAUUGUCCCCACCAAAUGCCCACGAUGCGGCCGAGACAUUGAACCUAUCCCGAUCAAGUCCGUUUGGCCCCCUGAGCGAGCAUUCCAGUCGGCGUACCUUUGCCUAUCUCAUCGCGACGCUCAAUGCCAGCCAUCCCGACUACGACUUCUCGCAUGUGUUGAGGCCCACGGAUUUCCGCCGUGAGCGACACAUGAAGCGUGUGAUGAAUACAGUCAACUCCACACUGUUCAACCUCCGUCCCCGCGAGUCAAUUGAUCUCUCGCCAUCAUCACCAGCCACACUUUCUGGAUCAUACAAUUCUGGCGCCCCUCCCUGGGGCCCUCGGAUGUGGCGGAUUAUGGACGAGCAUAUGUCGCUCAAGGAGUGCUCGGUCUACUCGUACUCCCCUGAGGAGGACCCGUCUGACGCCGAUGAUGGAGCAAUCUGGAGCUUGCAUUACUUCUUCUUCAACCCGCUGCGAAAGCGGGUCUGCUACCUCUAUCUCCGUGCGAUCCCAAUCCUCAGCCACACGCCGCCCGAAGACAACGAGGUUGUCUCUACGCCUCCUGGUAAGCGGACGUUCGACGACGGUUACCUGACGCCCGACCUGAGCUCAAGCAAGCGAGCCCGGUACUGGUUCGGGAGUCGGGCGGAGUCGUCCCUUCAUCAUGCCGAGAACGCGGAUGAUGAGGAUCAGUACGUCCUCAGUGACGAGGAAACCCAUUCGCGUAGGGGCAGCAGGGGCAUGGUUCGGGCGAUGAGUGAGGAGCUUGUGGAUACCAUGGAGAUAUGA